AGUGUUUAACUGCCUUGUAGUGUGGGGUUAUCAGCUGUGCCAAUGGGUUAUACCAAUAAAACUACUUUUCUUCCUCUUCUUGCUUUGCUUUAGUGUUAGGGUUAGGGUUCCCACUGCUCAAUUCCAUUCUCCAAACUCACCAUGGACGGAGAGAAUUCUGAAUUCCAUGACUGGGAGGUGCUUCACAACUCCGACACCGCCGGCCUGCUCAACCUGCCCGACUCUAGUGACAACGUUCCCAUUAAUUUCGAUGGGAUCGACGGUGAUUCGGGGGGAAUGAUCAGGUCUGAUUACUUCUCUCUCGAUAAUCAAGGGAGAGUUGCUGCUGCUGUUGUUAGCGAGGAGGUUUCGGACUCGGUUGAGUCGGACAACCCGAGUUGGAUCGAUCCGGCGCCUGAUACUCGCUUUGGUAGUAUAAAUCCUGGCGAGCCCUGGUCUGAUUCGGGCAGUGAUCGGUCCGACGAUCGUAAACUCACGGAAUUUGAUGCGAAAAAGGAGCUUGACUUUUUGGAAAAUGCGAAAAGCCAAGUGGGUUUUGAAGGAAUUGGGGAAAUUCAAACCCUAAGUAAAGAGACCCGCGAGUUCUGGUCUGAUACUGGCGGAGAUGAUGGUAUUCCGCCUAAGGGGACUGGUAUGAGCGUUGGGGAUUCGGCCACCGAGUUGGAAGGAGAAGGAGCUGCUGCGAAUGAAAGUGGUGCAAUUGAUGAAAUGAAACCAGAGGAUAAAUCGAAUGAUGGUAAGGUAGAGAAGAGGGCUGUGGCUUGGUGGAAAGUUCCAUUUGAGGUGUUGAAGUAUUGUGCUUUCAGGGUUAGUCCUGUUUGGACCUUCUCUGUGGCAGCGGCCAUGUUGGGUAUUGUUAUGUUGGGAAGGAGAUUGUAUAAGAUGAAGAGGAAGAGCCGAAGCUUGCAGCUCAAGGUUACGAUGGAUGACAAGGUGUCCCAGUUCAUGAGUCGUGCUGCACGUCUUAACGAAGCAUUUUCUGUGGUGAGACGGGUUCCCAUUAUACGGCCUUCACUUCCUGCCACAGGAGUCGCUCCUUGGCCUGUAAUGAGUUUGCGAUAAAGAAAAAAUGAUUCUUCCUGUGGAAAUAGAUAGAAAAAAGAAGGUGCUGUGAUAAUCACCCAUUAAUCAUGUCUAAAGUUUAUGUUUUUACUGCCUCUCCUUGCUUUGUAUCCAAAACGGUUAUAUAUAUAUAUAUUUUCUUUAAAGUUGUGAAGAAGCUUUUGUAAUCCCUCUGUAGAAACGCAAAACAAUAAUUCAUCGCGUGUGUAUAA